AUGUCCAGCAGAUUUAUCCACUCAGCAGCUGCUGAAUCCAACGAGGAGGGUGACCCGGCGGUGAGGGCCCCCGCGGCUGUGUAUCCACAUGACACAACUCUGGCUGCUACCGCUACCGACGACGACACCGCUACUUCUUGCACACCAAGCAGCACUCAGACGGCACUCACUGCGGCUGCGGACCUGAAGUUCCAGCGCCGCGAUGAAGAUGCCGGAGUCAUUCCUCCCGCCAUUCGGUCUCAGGAGACCACUCUCCCUCCCGCCAACCCCACGCCUUACCCGUGUGGAGGACUCCUAACAUGCGCAACGGGCUACAGGGUCUUGCUCUUUGACGGCCUCUGUAUCUGCUACUAUCUCGGAGGCGGCGAUGUCGUGAGGUGA